CCCAACUCGCCGCCGAUACCAUGUCAAGAAAAUACUCGCCGCCGAUGGAAACUGCCGCCGAUGGCUCGCGCCGUCGCCCGGCCCUCCGCCUCCUCUGCCCCAAGACGUCCAUCCUCUCCGCCCCUUUCCCAUCCCUCCUCUGGCUCGUCGGCUCCCCUCGCUUCCUCCAGCCCGUCACCGUCGCUGCCGCCCUCCGCUGCCUCCGCUGCCUACCCGACGACGGCCCCUUCUCCCCCAAUCUUCCCCAAGAAGCAGACGAAAUCCGUGGAUUGCUCGUGAGGGGGUUCGACAUCGUGGGGGCCCUCCUCGUUGGGAGCGCGAAUUUUGAGGCGGAUGCCGGUAGAGCGCUGGAGCUGGCUCGCGCGCUCAGGGAGCGGCUGUUUGGGGAGAAGGCGAGCCAUGAUAUGGUCGGAGGCUGCGUGGAUGCAGAUACCAGGGACAUUCGAUUUCUUAUUUCAGAGAGUAUCGGAUCAGAAGUGGUGGAAGGACAGGAGGUUUUGUGGGAGGAUGAGCCGGAGAGGCUGCUGCUAGAGAAGGGCUGCCUUCUGCGCUGCCAGCUGCCCGUGCAGCUGCCACUCUAUCUUCCUUUGGAUGAUAAAUCUGGCACCGAAGCUAGGUUUUCUUCACUCAUUGAAUUCACAGCUGCUAACCUCAGAGGUCCUCAUGCUUCGUACCUAGUUGAAGGCCCAACUGCAACAUCUGAAGAAUUACAUCAUUCUGUUAUUUUACAUGAUAAUGAUUUGAAUUAUCUUUCAUGUCUACCUAUCAACCAAAACACAAUUGAGCAAAAUACAAAAAUAGUGUAUUGUUCAGAAUUCUUCUCCGCGAAGAGGCAUGACCUCUCCCUGAUGAGAGAGAAUGCAGAUGCAAUUCAGAUAACUGUCCUAUCCAAUCAAUCAUUCAACAGCUCAAAGGCUGGCUCCCCUAUUCCUGUGUUAAAGUAUUUUCCAGCAUCGGCUAACCUGAGAGUAAUCAACUUGAAGCUAGAUAUACUAUGCUACAGUUCUAUAGAUCUUCCUGUAGCAGCUGCUGUAUCCGAGCUAGUUAUUCCGGGGUUAUGUGAUCAGUUAAGCGUUAUGAAGAAGGCUAUUGUCUCAGAGCUCUUAACUCAACAACCUCAGCUUUGUCCAUACCAUUUUGUCCCCCCUGGAUUGCGUAUUCCUCUUACAGCUAUAUACGACACAAGAUAUGAGGAGAUUGAGGAAAAGCAAAGUGAACUAAGAAGAAAUCUGCACUUUAGGCUUGGUCUGCCUUUAGACCGUCCUUUAUUGCGGACUUCUAAUGCGCUAACAUUUGGUGGCAUGAUAGGAAGAGAUAAAAACUUAUCGAAAAAUGGCUCCUCAAUUCUUCGUGAUGUCCACAAAGAAAUUCCAUCUAGUGGGGUAUUAGGAGGGAUCAUGUCAUUAAUUGAUGGUUCAUAUGAGUACUACCAUUACCUCCACGAUGGUAUCGAUGACAAUGGAUGGGGAUGUGCUUACCGUUCUCUGCAAACAAUCAUGUCUUGGUACAGGCUGCAACAAUAUUCAUCUAUAAAUGUUCUUUCACACAGGGAAAUCCAGCAGGUUCUUGUUGACAUUGGUGACAAGGAUCCAUCAUUUGUUGGAUCUCGGGAGUGGAUUGGAGCGAUUGAAUUAAGCUUUGUGCUUGAUAAACUGCUUGGCGUUAGUUGCAAGAUAAUUAAUGUGAGAUCUGGUGAUGAGCUUCCUGAGAAAUGCAGAGAAAUUGCGAUGCAUUUUGAAACCCAGGGGACUCCUGUGAUGAUUGGUGGUGGAGUGUUGGCGUAUACCCUUCUGGGAGUUGAUUACAACGAAGUCAGUGGUGAUUGUGCUUUUCUCAUCCUUGAUCCACAUUACACUGGUCCUAAUGACCUCAAGAAGAUUGUUAAUGGCGGAUGGUGCGCUUGGAAGAAGUCCGUUGAUAGCAAAGGUCGGAGCUUCUUCUUGAAGGACAAGUUCUACAACCUUCUUCUACCCCAAAGGCCAAAUAUGGUGUGAGAACCGAGUAAUAUUGGAAGUGCUCAUGUAUGAAGGAUCAAAAGGAGACUGAUUAGUAAACCUUGCACCAUCUAAUGAUUCAUUUAGAUAAAACUGGAUUACCGGUGGUCCAGCAGAUUUGUUAGUUUGGAUUUAUUGGCAUUCAGUAUGAUGAAUUGAUGAUGUAAGUCAGUGUGCGUACCCCUGUUAAAUGGUGUUCUAAGUCAUGACAGAAAUGAGUGAAUAACCCCUAUAAGAUGGCUACAAUCUCAA